AACACUUGUGGAAAGUCCGUCUAUUUAUAUCCCCGUCAUCGGAGUCCCUCCCAUCUUUCAUAGCCACCAUCUUUUACUUUUCUUUCCCAUUCUCUCUCUCUCAACCGGAGAAGAAACAAUGGAUGGUAACAGCAGCUGCAUAGACGAGCUCAGCUCAACGAGCGACUCCAUUUCCGUUCCACCGCCGUCGAAACCCUUGCCGCAGAGCCUCUGCCGUCUCGGCAGUGGCGCGAGCGUGAUAGUGGACUCCGAAGGCGGCGUCGAAGCCGAGUCAAGGAAGCUGCCCUCGUCCAAGUACAAGGGCGUCGUCCCUCAGCCGAACGGCCGCUGGGGCGCGCAAAUCUACGAGAAGCACCAGAGGGUGUGGCUCGGCACCUUCAACGAGGAGGAUGAGGCCGCCACGGCCUACGACGUCGCCGCCCAGCGCUUCCGCGGCCGAGACGCCGUCACCAACUUCAAGCCGGCGUCUGAGACUGAAGACUACGAUCUCGAAGCCGCUUUCCUCAACUGCCGUUCCAAGGCGGAGAUCGUGGACAUGUUGCGGAAGCACACAUACCGUGACGAACUGGAGCAGAGCAAGAGGAAGUGCUUGAACUCGAACGGCAGUCGCAAAAGUGCAAGCAUGACGGAAGCCCUCGGAUCUCUGUCCUCUGCCGGGGCUGCGAUGGCCCGUCAGCUCCUUUUUGAGAAGGCGGUCACGCCGAGUGACGUAGGGAAGCUGAACCGGCUCGUGAUACCGAAGCAAUACGCGGAGAAACACUUCCCCUUGCGCAACGGCACGAGCUCCACAACUUCGAAGGGCGUUUUGCUGAAUUUCGAAGACGUUGGAGGCAAAGUGUGGAGAUUCAGGUACUCGUAUUGGAACAGCAGCCAGAGCUACGUGCUGACGCGGGGUUGGAGCCGGUUCGUGAAGGAGAAGAGCUUGAGGGCUGGAGACAUCGUGAGCUUCCACCAGUCGGCCGGGCCAGAGAAGCAACUUCAUAUCGGGUACAGGAGGAGAAGCGGGCUGGGGAAGUCCGGGCCCGUCCUGCCGGUCCAGAUGGUGAGGUUAUUCGGGGUCGACAUCUUCAAAGUGUCGACGGCCGGUGGAGGUGACGACAGUGGCGGUGGUUGGAGUGGGAAGAGAAUGAGGGAGGGGGAGUUGUUGUCAUCGGGUUGCAACAAGAAGCAGAUGGUGAUUGGAGCCUUGUGACAGUUUGUGUCUGUUUAUCUUAUUUUCACCUUAUUUAGGUUCGUUUUGUAAUUUUUGCAGACUUAUGGGUUUGAUUUGGAAGAAGGGAGAGAGGGGAGGGUGAACAGAGAAAGUGGUGGGGUUGCAAUCGCAAGUUGCAAAAAGGAUGGAAUUUGUAGAGACUUACAAAGUUAGAUGCUGACCUGAGGAAAAGCUGAAAUUAGGAAUUAGGAUUGUCAUAAAGAGAGAAGGAAUAAGAUAAAAAUGUGAAUUUGCUUGUGGGCACAUGAGCUCUUUUGAACUGUU